CUCGCCAUCGUCGACGAUCCUGCCCUGCCUCUCCUCCGCCUACUGCUACGACAAGGUCCGGUCAGCCAGGCCAUGAACCAUCUCCUUGGGUUGGUGUGCCGAUCUUCGAAGUCCCUGGCUGGACAAUUCUCGUCCUUGUGACGAGUGACCCCAUCCCGGCGUGCGUAGAAGAAGAGAUCGCACCAGUCGCAUGGGAUCUUGCCGAGGUAGUGGACGGUGACGACAUGUCGCCUGCGGUCGUACUUACGGCGGAAGGUCUUGUUGCAUGGUACGCAACGCAUGAUGUCCCCGCCGUAGAUGUUCUCGUCGAUCACGACAGCGGCCUCGCGCUGGCUCAGGGUGGUCUCGUCUCCGAGCCUGAUUUCGUCCCUGUCGUGAUCGUCGUCCUCGUGAGGCUUGCUGGCCUCUUCCUGGUCCUCCACGGGUGUCGGCGUUGAAAGCCCUCCGCUAGGCAGCGGUACAGGCUCGAUGACGGGCUCGCCUGCGGGGUUGUCCACCCUGUGGGUGGACGUUGUUGAUGUUUCACUGUUAUGGCUGAGGGCGUUGCCGUCGACCUGUGGAACGACCACAAGUAUCGGGCGCAGUCCUCCAACUGCCUCGACCGGCCUCGGGGCAGGCGUGGGCACGAUGCGCCUGAGCCCGCCCUCCAAGGACCAAGUCCUCUCAGGCCCCGCUCCGCUCCCAAUCUCCAUCUCUAUGACUUCGCCUUUAUCCCCUUGACCCUCCCUCGUGCUCCCCACCGCGCUCGCCCCGACAGUCACCUCUUCUAGCCCUUC